CUCCUCUCCUUGCCUUGUAUUUCUAACACCAACUCCUCCUUCCUUCCCCCUACAUUGGAUGCACAUCUGCUUCCCUCUGCAGCUCUCUCCAUUUCUAUGGCAAUUUCAACCUAUCCUCUUUCCUCUUCUUCUUCUUCAUCUUCUCUAAUCUUACACUGUCUUCCAACCUCUCAUUCAACGCCCUCUUUCUCCAUUCUUGCACUCUCAACACCACACACUUCACUCAAGAUUUUGCUAUAAAGUUUCAAUCUUUUUGUUGUAAACUUUCUUUUUCUUUCUCAUUUUGGACACCCUUUUGGCCAUUUUGCUUGAUUCUCACAUCUUCAGCUCGCAAAACCUCUUCUUGGUGGGUUUUUUCAGCAUCUAGAUCAGUUUUUCAGAAGGGUUUUUCUCUGAUCUGGUUGUAGACAUAGGUUUUUGUAGCUUGGUCAAUUCAGUAGAUCUUCUAUUUUUGCAGAAGAUCCUGUCUUUUCCAAGGCUUGUGAGAUUGAGAAAACAAAAGGGUCAAUUUAGGUGAUGUUUUUCUUUGAUUGCCAAAUCCCUUUUUAAUAUUUGAGAUUUUUUAUAUUUUUUUGUUAGAUUUCAUUUGGAAAGACAUGUAUGUUUAAGUUCAUGAUUGUACUGUGGUUUUGAGGAUUUUGGUUAGUUUUAUGUUGUAAAACAUCUUUGUAUUUUCCUAGGUAGCUGUUCUUAGGUUUGAUGUAACUAAGGUUUUUUAGAGGGUUAAUUGUUUUUCCAUGAUGUUGGUAUACUGCAAGGUUGUUACUUUGUGACAAAUGAACUAAGGGUCUAGAUUGGACCCUAUACUACUUUUUGAAAUCAAGUGUAUGUCUAGUGUUGGUAUUCUCUUUAAGAUGUCGAUAGACGAUCCGUGUUUUGUGGAAUGGAAAGAGCAUUUUGUUUCACAAGAGCGUGGCCAUCGUAUAGUUCACUAUUACCUAAAGGACUCUGCUGGGGAGUCCUUUCUUGCAGUUGUCGGCACUGAGAGGAGUGUUAGACACAUGUGCUAUGUUAUUGCAGAGGAGUUCUUGGAAAUUUGUGGAAUGGAAAUUCCACCUGGUUUCAAAUGGAGAUCUAGAAGAGAGGUGGUUGAUUGGCUGACCUCGAUGUUAUCAAAGCAGCAUCUGGAGGAAGAUAGAAGUGUAUGGCCUGUUCAUAAUUUGGCACUAGCUCACAAGAUCGCAAAUGGCAGUGUCAAAGAAGUUAGUGCACAAAUGGUGGAUGACAAGGAUAUUCCAAAGAGUAACUCCAAAUUAUCCAAUUCAGACAUCGUUUGGUCAGGACUUGCGUGGACAUGUGGCAAACAACUCAAACAUUAUCCUGCUUUUUGCAGAAAUGGGAUCCAAAUUGGGAUUCAAUCCUUUGUUUUUGUCAUGGGCAAUGGAGAGAACCAUUAUGUUGCUUAUUUAGAGGAUAUGUAUGAAGAUAGGAGGGGACAGAAAAAGGUUAAAGUAAGGUGGUUUCACCACAAUCAGGAAGUCAAAGGUGCAAUUCCUGUACGAAAUACUCACCCACGGGAGGUUUUCAUCACAUCAUAUUCUCAAGUCAUCAGUGCAGAGUGUGUUGAUGGACCUGCCGCAGUCUUAACUCGGGAACACUUCGAAAAAUGCACACCUUAUUUUUCCCCCUCUUCAACAGACAGAAUACAUUUGUGCUUUAGGCAAUUAAAAGGCAACAAAGUCAAGCCCUUUGACUUAAGCAAACUGCGUGGCUACUACACUCAGCCAGCUCUUUCUUCCUUGCGCGUUGAUACUAUCCACAACACCGAGUCUCACAGCAACAGCCUCACAGGAGAAGAUGAAGAUUUGGAUGUUGGUGAUGAUGCAAAGCGGGGAGCCAAGAGGAGUAGAAGUGUUACUAAUGGUCGAGAAGGGGUUAGGAAGUUGAUUAGGAGUAAUCCAAUGAUGGGAUACCAAACUUUCCAAGUUGUAAAUUAUGCAAGGCCGGAUAGGAGAUUGCUUUCUCUGAAAAAGGUUGAUUGUAAGCCUUGGUUUAAUCCCACAUACAAGGUUGAUGACAAGAUAGAGGUACUCUCUCAAGAUAGUGGUAUCCGAGGCUGCUGGUUCAGGUGUACAAUUGUACAGGUAGCUCGGAAACAAUUGAAAGUCCAAUAUGAUGAUGUUCAAGAUGAAGAUGGAAGUGGAAAUCUUGAGGAGUGGAUCCCUGCUUUUAAGUUGGCCAAGCCUGAUAAACUUGAGAUGAGACAACCUGGACGAUCGACCAUCAGACCAGCUCCACCUCUUGAAGAACAAGAAUUGAUUGUCGAGGUUGGAACUGCCGUCGAUGCAUGGUGGAGUGAUGGAUGGUGGGAGGGGGUUAUAACUACAAUUGACAACUGUGGUGAUGACAAUGUUCAAGUUUACUUUCCUGGUGAAAGCUUGCAAAUGACAGUACAUAAGAAGGACUUAAGAAUAUCUAGAGAUUGGUUAGGCGGCACGUGGGUCAAUAUAAAGGCAAAGCCUGAUAUAACCCCAACUAUAUUAACUUCUAUUAGCUUUAACACAAACCUCACUUUGUCUCCAUCUUUGGAAAAAGAUGCAGACUCGGUUGGUUUUGCUAAUUCAUGUCAUGAAGUUCCUGCUGAGAAGUCUAAUAAACCUGAUAUUGUUGAAGAGAAACUUGUAUGUUGUGGUGUUGCUGAAAAUGGGGUUUGUGUCCAAGAUGAUAAACCUCCUUCAGAAAAAAGUACCCAAGUUGGUGAUAUUGAAGAUGAUGGUGGUAACAAUGACAACGGUGAGAGUGGUGAUAACAAGAAUGUUAAUAAUGAGAAUAGCGAUGCAAAGGUGAUUCGGACUUCGAGUGUUGAGUGUAAAAGUGUAGAACUAAUGGAAGUUACUGUAUAAUCAAUUUUUUUAAAGACCAUUCAUAAACAUAUGAUGUUGCUGAUCAUAGUUUUGAAUUGCGAACCGCGGCUGCAAUAUACAGUUUUAGAGAUCUUUGAAUGGCAUCACUACGACCGUAUUUUUUUGCAUUUUACUGCAAUAUGAAGGUUCUCAGUGUAACCGCAACCUCAAUUUGAAACGAUGGUGCCGAUUAUAAAGCUUUGCCAUCAUCUCAUGCUUUGUUGUAAUCUGAGUUUCAAUUUUAGUUUGAUAUAAUGUAUUGUAUAUAGUAGUUAUAAGGGAUAUGAGGAAGUUGAUUGAUUUUAACUUGUUUAGUUGCCUUCAGAGAUGUACAGUUUGAGUGUAAUGUAGAAGUCUGUUUUUUUUUUUUUCUUUUUCUUUUUCUUUUUCCAUUAAGUAGGUUGUGGUAGAAAGUAGAUUUCUUUUGUAUCAAACAUGUAUUGUUGAGUAAUUUCAUAUUUGAUAAGACUAUGUUCAUCUACAAUACUACAUAUUUGAGUA